CCGGAAAUACGUAAGCGCUCUUGAAAAUAUUAUUGACCUUUAAUUUCUCCUCUCUGUAAUUUGUGCUGACGGGGACAUGAGAGCGUUGCCGAGUUUGCGCUGAACAGGUGUGUGCCUUUGCACAACUGCAGGCUAUGAGUUGCAAAUUCCAGCUGCUGGUCGUCUGCAGUGACGUCUGCCGUGGCCGCGUUUCAUUCUUACUGUCUCGACCUCGACCCUCUGUGCUGUUACGAGCACUCAGCUAUGGUCCCAAGAUCAGCCGCAGUCUGCAAGAAAGCUACAGACUCCUGCAGCUGCCAGACAACGGAAACAGCACCCCUGCACAGGUGAGAGAGUCCUACCUGCGACUGGCUAAGCUUUACCAUCCCGACUCAGGGACAGCAACAGCAGAUGCAGUCCUGUUUGCUCGAGUGGAAGAGGCCUACCGCGCUGUGCUGGCACAUCAGAGUCAUGCUAAGAAACAUGGUAAAGCAAAGGAAGAGGAAGAUGACGAUAAGUCAAAGGGAAUGGCACCUCAACACAGGCACUACCUUAGCUAUGAAGGUGUUGGUUCAGGCACGCCCAGCCAGCGUGAACGCCAGUACCGCCAGUUCCGUGUGGAUCGGGCCGCGGAGCAAGUCUUGGACUACCGGCAGAGGGAGCAUGAGAGGGCAGCAGCUGCUGAAGGGGCACUCGUGGAAAGAGAUAUGCGUCAGCGUAGCCACAAGAUCAAGAUCACCCAGGCUGUGGAAAGGCUCGUGGAGGACCUGAUCCAGGAGUCCAUGGCCCGCGGAGACUUUCGAAACCUCAGCGGAGCUGGAAAGCCUCUUAGCAAAUUUCAGCACAAUCCGUAUGCCGAUCCAAUGACCCACAACCUCAAUCGCAUCCUCAUAGACAAUGGCUACCAGCCACCCUGGAUUGUAACACAGCGUGACAUCCGUGAGAGCAUCACCCGGAUCCGUGACAGGCUGCUGGACGGUAGGGCCAGGCUGGGUGACCCCAUGAAACCCACAGAGCAUGCUCAGUGGGAGCAGCUGUGUCUGUCUGUAGGAGAGGAGUUUGUGAAACUCAACAAGAUGGUGGACAACUUCAACCUCAUUGUACCAAUGCUAAACAUGCAAAUAGUUCACUUCAGCCUGGCGCGAGAGAUGGAGCGCGCUGAGAAAUAUGAUCGCCAGCACAGGCAGGAUCAAGACAAAGAGAGGGAAAGGGAGAGAGAGAGGAGGAAGGAGGGGAGGAAGAGGGCUAAUGCAACGUUGAGGCAGAAAAACACUAAACGAGGCCUGAUGUCCUGGAUACAAACUUUCCUCAGAUGAAAACGCAGACACCAGUAAGGCUAGCGGUGCUGUAGGGCACAGUUAAUGGGGAUCCCGAUAAAUAAACAAAUAAACAAACAAAUGAACUUUGGGUAUUGACAGGAUGGAGCUGUUUUUAAAACCAGUAUUUAUUUUCCAAUAUUGAAAUUUAUUACACUCAAUUUUAUCAUGUCAAAGAAAUAGUCUUUAAUUUUUUGUCAUUCAUGACACUGUAAUAGUAAACCCAUCUUACUGUUUGCUAAUGAGUUCUGUUUCCCAAACAACACUUGAAUCAUGUUACAGUAAGGUAAAUACACUUGACUGACGUUCUCGUGCCGCAUUACUGUACUUUCUUGAUUUAAAAGGAAGAGUAAUUAAAGGUGUGGUAAGCACUAGUUAUAGUCGGGGAUGGCUCUAUGACGCAAGUUAUUUCUAUGAAAUUACAGACCUGAAUAAUUUAGAAGUAUAAUUACAGAAUACUGUAAUGUUUGGUUGCUAUGUAACAUUAAAAGUUAUGGUUAAUCAUAAUCUUGCCUUUAAUCGCAUGUUCACAGC